UGUCCCCUUUUCUGUGCAGAGAGAGUCCAAAAGGAAAUUGAACAGGUGAUUGGCUCACACCGCCUGCCAGCCUUGGAUGACCGAAGCAAAAUGCCAUACACUGAGGCAGUCAUCUGUGAGAUGCAGAGAUUUGCGGACCUCCUCCCCCUUGGUGUGCCCCACGUGGUCACCAAAGACACGUCCUUCCGAGGGUUCGUCCUCCCCAAGGGCACGGAAGUAUACCCAAUGCUGUCCACUGCUCUCCAUGACCCACGUCAUUUUGAAAAACCAGACACCUUCAACCCUGAUCACUUUCUGGAUGCUAAGGGUGCACUAAGGAAGAGUGAAGCUUUUAUUCCCUUCUCCAUGGGGAAGCGUAUCUGUCUUGGAGAAGGAAUUGCCCGUGCUGAGUUGUUCCUCUUCUUCACCACCAUCCUCCAGAACUUCUCCAUAGCCAGCCCAGUGCCUCCUGAGGACAUUGACUUCACACCCCAGGAGGUUGCUUUUGCCAGAAUACCCCCAGUAUACCAGAUGUCUUUCCUGCCCCGCAAGAUGGACUGAGGGGACAAGAAUAAACGAUUGCAGGGUCAUUGAAUGCCUAAUUGUAGAGAAUGAUAGCUCACUUCCUGCAUCUAAGAAACCUGUUGUGAACCAGCAUCUUUCCCCCACCUGGCUGCUACCCCAUGCAAAAGUUAUUUUUCUAGGCUUCCUUCCAUACUGCUGCAGUUCUUCUAAAGCUCUGUGUUGAUUUCUUUCUUGUGUGAAUUGAGGUGCAGAAGUUAGGAAGUGGAUCAACAAUAAUCAAGCCCCUUCUUUGGCGAAUAUAAACCAGUUAGGGGUUAAAAGUGACAAAUUGCCUCAAGGACAUUCUGGAGUUCUGCCUCCCAGGAUACAGCUCACUCGGAGUGACUUUUUCCUUGCUCAGAACGAUCACACACUGUGUUUGUCACCUCCUUGUGUUCCAUGCUCUGUGCUAAAGGGUUGUAUGUAAAAAUAUCCUCUCCAUUGCCCCAGGUGAUGGAUGCCAGGGUCAUGCCCAUUUUACAGAUGAAUAAGAGAGGUCAGACAGUGGCAACAGCUGCUUGAGGUCACAAUGCCAGUGAGUGGAGGAGCAGAUUGAUCCUCCAGUGUAAAGCUCAAACUCCUCACUAUUACACCAGUGAAUGAAGAUCAAACUCACCUCACAUAAAAUGGACCAUUCUAACAUCAAUUAAGUGCUACAUAGUUCAUCCACAAGAUUGUACCUCUGGGAGAGGUUGGAGUUGGAAAUUGGUCUCAUGUGUGAGGGCAGGACAGAGCCACAGUCCCUCAAGUAGUCAAGCCAUCUUAGUCUUGAAAAAGCAUCCUGCCUGGAUAGUUGCUAGGCAACAUUGCAAGAGUAUAAAUAAACAUUCCUACUGUUGAUGUUAGGUCCUCUUGCACAUCAUCUAAGAGGUUGUCUCCACCUAACCCAGCUCUUCUCUCUUGUUUUUAUUUUCCUCAUACCCACUGUGGUUCCUCCCCGGGAUACAACAAGAGACCCAAGAAGU